AAAGUUGCCAUCUGCUCCGGGGACCACGGCAACUGGGCGCUGGGAGGGGCCUUCCUCCGGCGGCUCCUGCUGCCCAGAGCGGCCUCCUCUUCCAGGCCUGCCCUAAAGCCAACACUGUCCCCCGCAACACCUCGCCACCUCCCGUCCCGGACUCAGGGGCAUGCAUGGAGCUGGAUCCCCGGAAGGUGGGGUGGGGUACAUCGCGCCCCGUAAUGGCAGGCAGGUUCUACUCUGCUUCCCGGAGGAGCCCCGUCCUUUCUCCCCUCCCCCGUCCCGGCCUGCAGAACGGGCGUUAAGCGGCCUCUCCGAUCGUGACCCGGAGGAGGACGGAGCGGCAGGGGGCGGCCGGGGGUCUCCCAGCCUCCGGCCUGCGCUUCCGCACUCCCGGGCUCGGAGCGUCGCCUCCCUCGGCAGCGCCUCGCCACUAGACUGUAAUUCCACACUCCCGCGAGCGCUGGGGCUGCGGGAGGGAGUUGGAACUGCAUCCGAUGAGCACGCCGGGAGACACGAAAAUUGGACACGUGGAGAAUUAGCCCGGCUGGAGAAGCGCGGGAUGCUGACUGAACAAUGGUUUCCAGCACCGAAGCUGGAGGGGGCACCUUCCCCACCCAAGCCCCAAGGGCGGCUGCCUCGGUACACUCUGGGCAUACCCCCUACUCGCCCCGUCCCUGAGCCCGGGAAGGGAGCAGCGCGGGUCGUGCUUUGGGGAGUCCUUUCCCCAAAAACAAACCCCGGGUGGGCCUGGGCACUGAGGUCACUGUGGCUUGGGUCUGCGGGGACUUCCAAGUAAAGAGCUUGCAAUUUUUCCUAGAGAAGGUUCUGUCUCAAAGACACCACCCCAAAUGUUAAUGUUUGAAAACCCAGCCAAGCUCCAGGCACCCCGUUCUUCAGCAAUUGCACCCUUCUUAGGCUGGACUUUCUCAAGCUGCUUGGAGGCCCCCCUCAUCUGAUGAGGGUCCCUAGGUGGCAGCUCCUCUUGCGAGUAGCUUCCUUUAGCCACAAUCUUCUUGCACUGAAACCCCAACCUUCCCCCACCAGGACGUGCUCAGCCCCCUCCUCCCCCCAGCAGGCACCCGCAGCAGCCCUGGUUCCCCCAGGCAGUUUCUCUUGCUCAGAACGGCCUGUGCGCGCGCGCACACACACACACACACACACACACACACACACACACACAGCCACAGAAGCUCCCUUGCCUCUCUUGGAGCCGGUUUCCUUUUACUGGCUCCCUUGGAGCUGCUGGGGCUGUGGCAAAGCCUGCAGCUCCCUGUGCAGCUGUGGGUCUCCCUGCAGCGCUGUGGGCUGUGAAUCUGCCUUCCCUUCCCUUCCUGCAAAGGUCAGGCUGCCUCCUCUCCAGUGGCCACACUUCAGUUCCGGCCUGCAGAGCUUGCACACUGCAGCCUGAAUGUGGGAAUGGAGUGAGCGUGCAUGCAAGGGGGAGUCACCCCCUAGCCCCAGGGGCAGGGACCAAGGAGUGUGGGAUUCAGGGAGGGAAACACUGCAAACCCCAAGACAGUUCAGUACUUGCAGGCAAAAACUCAAGAGGAGACAAAACCAGGAAAUGCUGUUGGACCUUGAGUGCAAAAGCGGAGGCCUUUCUCCCUCAGGGGUCUACCCUAGGAGCAGGCCAAGAGGUAGGCCUGGGACCUUUGUGGCAUUAUGUCCCAUGCAGUUUCUGGAGCCCUUGCAAUUUGGGCAAGGCUGCAGUUCAUUUCAAGCAGGGGUCAGAAGCAAGCUAACAACUCAGGCGUGGAAUUCAUCAGCCACUUGAUAUCAAGUCAGCUGCAGCCCCAUCAAAGAGGGACCCCCAGAGAGAUCUUUGUGCCACCCCAGCCCCAGAGACUACCGGGCAGAAAGUUGUGGAGAGAAAUGGGAGGAAACGCCAUUAAACUUGCUUCCUCUAAAGAGCCGAUACCCCCAGUCUUCUCUGAACUGUACCUAAAAAGUCAGGAGAGAGAACUCGUUAACUUUUGUUUGGUUUAACAUUGCCAGCUUCAAGUCAACCGUAGGCCCCCCGAAGGUUUUGUAAAAUAUUUAAUCUAGCUGAGACAAUUUCCUGCAGUCCCUAACCGGACCACCCCACUUACUGAGCCGCUGCCAAAAAGCCAGCUUGACUGCAGGCUGGUAACCAGAGGCCUUCCAGCAGUCUGGCUGCCCUGUGACCUCCACCGGAGGAGCCACAAGACCUUGCACAGAACCCAGAGAGAUCCAAACCUGGGAAAGCCUGGAGGUGCAAAGGAGUGGGGAAGCAGCCCAGGAAGUGGAAUUAAAGACCCUUUUCACACUAAACUGAUUGUUGUCCCUGUGACCUUCUGGGGCCCUCACCCUCUGAACUUUGUAAAAUACUCUUGGAUGGUGUCUCACCUCCCUCCGGGUGUGGAAGAAUGGGCCCUAUGAGAGGGUUGGCCACUACAGGAGGGUUGGCCCUCUGUGUGUCCCCCAGCGCCCUCCUGUACGGUCCCAUUCAAUGUUUUCCUGGACGUAAUCUUACUAGAGAAUACGGGCGGGAGUGGAAUCCUUCGACUCCGCUGAGCCUCAACCCUUUCCAAACGUGAGGCUCACGGGGAGAACGCUCUGCCCAGUUUCCAUUCCCGCCUCCAGAAGA